AUGGCUCCCAACAUGAACUGGCGAGUCGUGAUCGCUUCACUCUUACUUCUCUUGCCUACCCCAUCCCACACUCUCCCUUGCGACAGUGAGCCCAAUCAGCAAACCGGAAUGCUCUAUGCUGGAGGCUGUCCUCUUCCUGGCGUAUGUACAUGGGGAAGCUGUACAAGCGUCACGAUCGGACUCGACCCUACACAAUGCGGGAAGCGCGGCAACUCAUGCAAAGCUGGAGAGCUCUGCGUCGCUGGUGGAUGCUAUCCUCUUGAUGGAUCAAAUAGCGACAACUGCACCUCUUCAUCAGGCUCCAAUAGCUCUGGCCCAUGUCAACCGGGCCAAUGGUGCGAUGAUGGGAAGUGUUCCCCAAUCCAAGUGACGGCAAACUCCCGCCGCUGCGGCAGUACCAACACACAAUGCGGACCUGGUUCCCUUUGUGUUAACGAUCGAUGCCAAAGAUUGGCCAUUGGCUCAGACCCCAAUUCGUGCGGUUCUUCAAAUACGACCUGUGCCUCAGGCAACUGGUGCCUCGACGGAUCAUGUGUGCCUUUUCAGCUCGGUACCAACGUCCAGUCCUGCAAGAGCAGCAGUGAAUGCUCCCUUGGCACAUCAUGCCAAGGCGGUUACUGCCGUCAAGCCUUCAUCUCAACCGACACUUACAACUGCGGCCUGGGAGCCAACCCAAAGGACUGUAAGGAUGGGCAACUAUGUGUUUCUGGGCAAUGUCUUUCGCUCAACAUUACCUCAGGCACUUCUUCCAGUUGUGGCUCUAAUGGAAGGUGCCAACCAGGAUCUUAUUGCUCAAACAACGAGUGUGCACCUAUCCAGAUCUCAACCGACUUGUCGCAGUGCGGAAGCAGCUCAGAAUCCUGCGGAAGCAACCGGGUGUGCGUCUCGGGCCAGUGUAUCAGCAACCUGGUUCACCAAUCCAACAAUCCUAGGGUCGCCUGUGGUGCUGGGUCUGGAGGUCCUGGAGCACGUAUUCCCGGUGCAGAUGAGGAUGGAGACACACAGUCGAAUGCCGAAGGUAGUUCCUCUGGAGCAAGCGGCAGCUCUGGUGGCAGUGAUUCGAAUAGCAAUGGCUCGGGAGACGAUGCCUCCGGCCGAAAUGGAGGAUCUUCUGAUAGAAGUGGCCAAGACAAUGCAUCCGGCAAUGGAGAUUCACAGUCGUCAGAUGGUUCCAACGGUGGAGACGCCUCUGGCGAUGGCGACUCAUCGCAGGGAAAUGAUGCAACCUCAGGCGAUGCUGGGCGAGCGGGAGGUGACGGCGACACAGACGGCUCUUCCGGAAGUGCUUCCCCUUCCGACUCAAAUUCUGGCUCAGGAAAUGGAGAUGGACAAGCAGACCAAGAUGGGUCUGAUCAAAAUGGCGCUGGCGGAGCCUUGCCAGGCCAGAACGGAGGAGAUAAUGGCUCCGGGUCACCAGCUUCGACUUGUAACCCAGCCUGUACUGGCAACACGGUCUGUAUCAACAACCAAUGCGCUUCAGUGCAAGACCCGUCAUCUUGCGGCACAACCUCCAGCCGUCUCCUGCGUCUGCUUCGGAGACAAGCGACAUCAACCUGCCAGCAAGGAUUUGCUUGCAUUAACAAUGAGUGUGUACCAGCCAACGGCCCGGUCAACUGCGGCGCAUCAGGUGUCAAUUGCCCCAUCAACUAUGCUUGUAUACAAGAUUCUUGCGUGGCUCUUGGUGACCCAACGUCUUGCGGAGGUGAAACCUGCAGCAGCGAUGAAGUAUGUAUUGGCAACAUCUGUACGCCAAGUCCAGGUCUAGCUAGCUGCAAUGGAGUUGCUUGCUCUACUGGUGAGACAUGCCAAGAUGGAGCUUGUGUUCCCAUCGAUGGCACAGGCCCAGGUUCAAACGGAGGCGGAGGAACCCAGGGAGGCGGUUCAGAUAACGGGGGCGACGAUGGAUCUUCCUCUUCAAGCGGUGGCAACGGGAACGGCGACAACACAGGUGAGGAAGGCCAGGGCAGCGGGGACUCCUCUGAUGGGGGCACUUCUGGCGAUGGCUCUUCUGAUGAUGAGUCGCAGACUGGAAGUAUACAAGGACAAGGCUCCAGUGGCGGUGGUUCUGGGGAUUCUGGCUCCGGCUCCGGCUCAAGCGGUGGCUCUUCUGACGGUGCUUCUGACAGCGGAAGCUCAGGAUCUGGGAUAAGUCCAGGAAGCGGAAGUGGCUCUGGAAACGGAUCAAAUUCAGGGUCUGAUUCGCCAUCAGGCAAUGGUUCAGGUUCUGGACCUCAGGGAAGUAAUGGGUCUGGAUCAAAUGGUGGAGACGGAGACGGCAACGACACUGGAUCUGAGCCCGGCUCCGGCUCAUCACCAGGCAAUAGUUCAGAUGGCAGUGGAAACGGUUCACCAACAACGCGUCAACCAGCACUUACGGCCAGACCACAAGGUAAUAUCCCUGGUAGUGGUGAUCCCGAUGCCGAUAAUACCUCCGAUAGUGGUAAUACAGGCUCAAAUGGCAGACAGACCUCUAGUCCGCAAGGUGGGACCCGUCCAAGCCAAACUGGCAGCCAAGGGAAUGGCUCUGGAGGUGAUGGAUCUGGAGGCGGUAACGGGCCCAGCAGUCGGUCGCAAUCAGCAUCCUCUCCGAAUCAAACUGAUGGCACGGAGGGAGGUAGUACAGGCGGCGACGGCGACCCUGACUCGAGCGACCCUAUGUCCAAUGGUGGCUCAGAAACAACAUCGGGAGCGUCUGUAUCCGGUGACUCUUCGCCUUCUGGAGCAGAUGGGUCAGCAGCUACAGGAUCAACAGGCCAGACAUUACCAACUUCUGUUCUAUCCGAUGGGGCGCCCAUUGUCAACCCUGGCCCCGACUCAAUGGGGGCAUCUGGAAGGUUGACAACAUUGACUUCGAGGCAGAUUGGAAGCCCUGAAGGAAAUCCUACGGGAGGCGGAGAUGAAGACCCAUCGCCAACAGAUAGCAGUGGUGGUGGCAACAUAGGCACCCAAGGGUCAGAAGGACCAGGUAUCCUCUCGACGGAUAACGGAGGCGCGUCAGCUACUGAUGGUAAUGGAGGCGGCACUGGCACAGCAACUCAAAGCUCAGGCACUUCAAAUACUUCUGCCAGCCAGUCAAACUCCCCAAACACAGCUGUAUCUGGAACAGGCAGUGAGCAACCUUCAAGCACUGAUGGCGGCCCUAACGCCGGAGGUCAGACAAGUGUAAGUGGCAGUCAAUCUUCAGCGACGACUUCACAGGGUACGAACCAAAGCCAAGAGGCUGGAACGACUGGUUCUUCCAAUGGCCAGUCAACGGGUGAACAGUCUUCAUCUAUCACACCUACAGGCCAAGGCCCGUCACCCACUGAUGGAUCCCCCACAUCCUGCUCGGACGACGGUGACUGUGCCGUCGAUACUGAGCUCUGUGUUUCCGGGGGACUCAACAUCUGCGCCUGCGUGAACGCAUUAUGUGUCCCAACCACCGACCCAGAUGGUGCUUCCACUACAGGAGGUGCUAGUUCCACCGCGGCAUCUGGAACCGAGGUCGCCAAUCCUUCAGCGCCGACAGAGAGUGGUGGAGUGACACCUUGUAGUGACGAUGAUGACUGCUUGGCCGAUGUCUCGUUGUGUUUGAGCGGCGUACUCAAUCUGUGCACUUGCAUUAAUGCAGUAUGUGUUAGAGACAUCACAACGAGUGGCUCUCAAGUGUCAAGCACGGCUUCUGGCAAUAAUCCAGGGUCUGACGGAGGCGCAUCAGUAACCACAACAGCUGAUGAGUCGGCUAGACAGACAGGAUCGGAAUGUUCUACCAGUGACGACUGCGUGGCCGACGUAGAAUUAUGCCUCGUCGGUGGACUCAACUUGUGUGCCUGUGUGGACGCUGUGUGUCAGCUUGGCCCUGACUCGAAUAGUGGUGGAGGCGGCGAUGAUGACCCAACUCCGACAGCUGGGGCACCAGCAGCACAAACAUCAGUAUCAUGCGCAGAUGCUGAAGAUUGUACAGCUGCCCUCGGAUUGUCUGUCUUGGGAAUCUAUGUUUGUGUGGACCUCAUUUGCCAGCUUCAGCCAACUACCAACCCUACUAAUGGAGGCGCUACAGCUUCACAAACAGGCUCCAUCACAGUUCCCACCAUAAAUGCACCUAUCGAUUGUUCGACAGAUCAAGACUGCGUGGUGGCUUUGGGAGCCAGCGCAUUAGGGAUCUUCGCAUGCAUAGAUCUCUUAUGUGAGCAAACGGCUACAGCUUCUGGAGCUGGUGCUGCUGCUACCCAGCCUGCCGCGUCUGUACAAGGAACUGACGUCGAGUGCUCGACGGACCAAGACUGUGUCGCUGCUAUUGGAGCUGGGGCUCUUGGUAUAUUCGCAUGUGUCAAUCUUCUUUGCCAACAGACAGCAACAGCCAGCGUUGCUGCCACAACGGCCAACACCAGGGCCUCUGCUUCGGGAUCUACAACUGACGUUGAGUGUGAUACUGAUCAAGACUGUAUUGUCGCUCUCGGCGCCCAGGCGUUGGGAUUACUUGUCUGUGUUAACGCUCUCUGUCAAGAAACUACCACAACUGCUGGCGCUGGGCCUUCGCCAACUCAGCCGCCUUCUCCAGGAGUCACAACCAAUAUCGAGUGCGCGACAAACCAGGACUGCGUUGCAGCAAUUGGCGCAAAUGCUUUGGGGAUCUUUGCUUGUAUAGAUCUGAUUUGUCAACAGACGGCAAACCCGAGCAGCGGUUUUGUCACUGUAACAUCGGACAGUACACCAGCCCCAAGUAGCUCGGGAACACCAUGUUCUGACGACAGCGACUGUACGGUCGCAGGUCAGACAUGCGCCACGGAUGGCUUUUGCGGGGCAUCGUCGCCAAGUACUGGCCACGGAGGUACCACCUCCUGUUCCGAUAAUGUUGACUGCCUCUUGUCUCUGCAACCUCUUUGCACCCUUGGCCUCUGCGUUUGCGUGAAUGCAGUUUGCAGUCCACCGUCAGACGCCGACGCAUGCACGACAAACGCGCAGUGCAGCACUGGAAAAACUUGCCAACAAGAAGUCUGCGUCGAUGACGUCUCUUGUUCUACCGAAGAUGACUGUGUGGCCAACCUCGACUUGUGUACGUCACUGGGAAUCUGUGCUUGCGUCAAUGGAUUGUGUACCUUGUAA